AUGCGUUCUACUCUAUUGGCUUCUGCGGUCGCAUUGGCCUGCGCAACGGCUUCCUCUGCGACUUUGUCUCUGAGUGACAUCUGCACAGACACAUAUGCGAAGGCGGCGCUACCGAUUGAUGCAAUUGAUGGCAUCACUGUGGAUCCUUCCUCGGUCUCGACGAGCUUGGUUACCAACUUCACGGCCAGCUCAAUCUUCUACCCCACAUCGACUUUCGACUAUUGCAACCUGACUUUUGCCUACUCUCAUAAUGGCAUUGACGGAGACGUUGUAAAUGUCGAGUACUGGCUGCCUGCUCCUGGAAAGUUCAAGAACAGAUACGUGUCCACCGGUGGAGGUGGUUGGGCAAUCAACUCAGGAAGCUCUUCAAUCCCUACUGCUAUUAUUGUUGAUGGUGUCGGCGGCAUGACUGAUGGUGGAUUCGGAAGCUUCAGCACACAAUUCAGCUCUGCUGCUCUCCUUGCCAACGGGACCAUCAAUUGGCAGGCAACCUACAUGUGGGGCUACCAGGCACACAAUGAACUUGCUAUUUUAGGCAAGCAGAUCACUAGAAAUAUCUACGAUGUGCCUUCCAACAAGAAGAUCUACUCCUACUACCAAGGUUGCUCUGAGGGUGGUCGAGAGGGGUGGAGUCAGGUUCAGCGAUUUCCCGAACAGUUUGAUGGUGUCGUUGCUGGGGCUCCUGCUUUCCGCUGGGCACAGCAGCAAACAAACCACCUGACAGGAAAUGUCAUCCAGCGGGACCUCGAAUACUACCCGCCUCCUUGCGAGCUGGAGAAGAUUAUGAAUCUGACCAUCGCCAGCUGCGAUCCACUGGAUGGAAAGACCGACGGUGUCGUCUCCCGGUCCGAUCUGUGCCUGGCUCACCUUGACUGGAGUAUCAUUGAAGGAGCUUCGUACUCUUGCGCCGCCGCUGCCGCUUCCUAUGGCAGCUCCGCAACCCCUGCCCAGAGCGGCAAAGUGUCUGCUAAAGCCAUUGAGCUUGUCAAGGCAUACUGGAACGGCCUGCACGACUCGAGCGGGGAUCGUGUAUACUUCAGCUACCAACCAGGUUCAACCUUCACCGAUCUUCAAACUGCCUACAACUCCACCACCGACACCUGGGAGCUCGAUAUUAGUGGCCUCGGUGGAAUCUGGAUUGCUCAGUUCAUUGACUACAUUAAAGAUGCUCAGAAUAUUGACAGCCUCGAAGGCGUUGACUAUGACACUCUGAAGGAGUGGAUGAUCUUCUCCCAGGCCAAGUACGGGGACAUUCUCCAGACCACCUACCCCGAUCUUACCGAGUUCCGGGCCGCGGGCGGCAAGGUUAUCCACGUCCAUGGUGAACAGGACUUCUCGAUCCCCACCGCCUCAUCUGUUCGAUACUGGGAUUCUGUUCGAGCGAUCAUGUACCCUAAUAAGUCAUACCGUGGGGGAGCUGCCGCCCUCGAUGACUUCUACCGCCUCUUUCUGGCCCCUGGUUGUGGCCACUGCGGUACCAACGCAUACCAGCCUAAUGCCGUGUGGCCCCAGACUACUCUUCAGACAGUCAUUGAGUGGGUUGAAAAUGGCAAGGCUCCUGACACCCUUACUGGAUCUGGUGACAUCGAAGCAAUCUGCAGAUGGCCUUUCCGCCCUCUGUGGACUAACAGCGGGAAAAAGUUGCAAUGUGUCUACGACCAGAACUCCGUGAAUGCCUUCACCUACGACUUGAAUGCUUAUAAACUUCCCGUUUACUAG